AUGACCGAGGGCUCUGCGGAGCCCCCACCCUGCCCCGGGGCCCGGCGUCGCCGGCUUCUCCUUUCACUCCCCAGUGUGUUCCCUGGAAGAACCCGUUCAGUGCCAGAACCAUCCAUCCCAUCCCCUCCGCCGUCACCGCCUCCUCCCCCCGUAGUACCGGCCUCGGUUCCCCCGCCACCCUCCUCUCCGGGCGGUCAGGACUCGCUGCUAGAGUGCCCACUAUGUCUGGUCCGUCAGCCGCCCGAGGAGCUGCCCGAACUGCUGAGCUGCCGACACCGAUCCUGCCUGCGCUGCCUUCGCCAGUACCUGCGGAUUGAAAUCACCGAGAGCCGCGUCAAUCUCCGCUGCCCUGAGUGUGCCGAGCGCCUCAGCCCCCAACAUGUCCGGGCCAUCCUGCGGGACCCCCAGCUCACCCGCAAGUAUGAGGAGUUCCUACUGCGCCGCUGCCUGGCCGCCGACCCGGACUGCAGGUGGUGCCCGGCCCCGGACUGCGGUUAUGCCGUCAUUGCCUAUGGCUGUGCCAGCUGUCCCAGACUUACUUGUGAAAGGGAAGGCUGCCAAACAGAAUUCUGUUACCACUGCAAGCAAGUGUGGCACCCUAACCAGACAUGUGACAUGGCACGUCAACAGCGUGCACCAUCAUUCGGAGUGCGAAGGAAGCACCCUUCUGGGAUCAGCUAUGGUCAGGAAUCUGGCUCAGCUGAUGAUAUGAAAUCCUGCCCUCGGUGCAGUGCUUACAUUAUCAAGAUGAAUGAUGGGAGUUGUAAUCACAUGACCCUGUGCUGUGUGUGGCUGUGAAUUCUGCUGGCUGUGUAUGAAGGAAAUCUCUGACCUCCAUUACCUCAGCCCCUCAGGGUGCACAUUCUGGGGAAAAAAGCCAUGGAGCAAGAAGAAGAAAAUCAUUUGGCAGUUGGGCACUCUAAUUGGUGCUCCUGUUGGCAUAUCACUGAUCGCUGGCAUUGCCAUACCUGCUAUGGUCAUUGGGAUCCCUGUUUAUGUGGGCAGAAAGAUCCAUGGCCGUUUUGAAAACAAAAAAACUUCUAAACACAAGAAGAAUUUGGCUGUGACAGGAGGGGUUAUUUUAUCUGUAAUUGCAUCUCCUGUUGUGGCAGCAGUCAGUGUUGGCAUUGGUGUUCCUAUCAUGCUAGCUUAUGUGUAUGGAGUUGUGCCAGUGUCCCUAUGCCGUGGAGGUGGUUGUGGUGUAAGCACAGCCAAUGGCAAAGGAGUAAAAAUUGACUUUGAAGAGGAUGGACCAAUUACAGUGGCAGAUGCAUGGCGUGCGCUGAAAAACCCAAGUAUUGGGGAGAGCAGCAUGGAGGGUCUUACCAGUGUGCUAAGUACAAGUGGGAGCCCCACGGACGGAUUAAGUGUUUUACAGGGAAACUACAGUGAAACGGCCAGCUUUGCUGCUCUUUCUGGGGGGACCUUAACUGGUGGCACAUUAACUGGUGGUAUGCUAAGUGGAGGGAGAGCCAAGUACUGCAGAUUGGAGGUUCAGGCUGAUGUGCAGAAAGACACGUGUCAGAAAGAUUCUGUAAGCCUGGGAGCUGUAAGUGACAGUGCCAGCACAAGAGCAAUGGCUGGUUCCAUCAUCAGUUCAUAUAACCCACAGGAGAGGGAGGUCAAUAACAUGGAGAUUCAAGUUCACAUUGAGGCCAAACCUUCUCGAUACCAGUUGAUGAGUGAGAGCAGCACUGAGGAAUCUUUGCAUGCCUCUGCCCCUCUUGUGGAGGGAGAGGAAGAUGAUGCUUGCAGGGGUCAAGCGACUGCUUGUGACAUCACAUUGGCACAGCCAGAGAGCAUUCGCAGUGAUCUGGAAAGCUCUGAUGCCCAAUCUGAUGAUGUACCAGACCUGGCAUCAGAGGAGUAUGAUUCUCCCCACCUUCUCCCACCAUCCCCCCCUGAACAACGCCAUGAAAGCCCUCCACCCCGCAUGUGUGCACAACAGGAGGGAAUUUGUGCCCGAGAAGAGGGCCUUGCCAAACUGGAAUUCAUAGAGGUACGGGUGUGA